AUGGCAGGGACGAAGCGCGCCGCCGAGGAAGAGCACAGCGGCCCCACCACCCGGUCCGCAAAGGCCCCCAAGACCGAGGGCGCGGCCAGCCCUACGAAGGGUCGCGCUCGGGGCGGCAAGAAGGGUCCCAAGACCACGAUGGCCGCAUCCCAGUUCAAGAACCGCGCAAUGCCGCUGCACGUCAACAUCACACACACGCCUCCCGCGCUUCCCGAUGCGGCCGGCGACAACAAGGAGACCGUGACGGUCGCGUCCCAGGACCCAGGCUUCAUCGGGACGACGACGCUCGUGCCCUCGACGUUCGCGACCGGCAGUUACGGCUGGAAGGGGUCCAAACGUGUCAGUAUUGAGCUCCAGAACGCCGAUGGCGCAGACGGCGAGAAGGAGAAGGUGCACGUCAUGAUAACUAUCAAUGCCACCGUCAUGGGCAGCAAGGGCGCGAAGGAGGAUGGCGGCGACGAUGCCAAAGAAGACGAGCAUGCUGAAGAGCAGGCCGAAGAAGGUGCCGAGGAAGCUGCCAACGGCAAAGAGAAUGGCGCUGAGCCCAAGGAGGGUGACAUUACCGAGGCCCUGCCGGAAACCGAGGUAGCAGCACAGGCAGAAGCAUGA